AUGAACGAAGAAGAUAUCUCCAGUAAGAUCUCUGUCAAUCUUUUAGACGAAACUGUUUGCUUAGAUGGCGAAGAUCUCACCGAGUUCUGUUUUUACCCCAGUUCUUCUGAGAGGCAGAACCACGUCUACUGGGACCUUGUGCAGUACCCAAUCCCGCCUGAUGCCAAUCUUCAGUCUGUUAAAGCUAGCAUCAGAGCAGCUCUGGAUAAAAUGGGACUUCAUAGUUGUGAGACAGUCUUUGUCUAUGGUGGCAUAAUGAACCACAGCAAAGAUGAUUUGCGCAAGGCGAGAAUCUUACACUUACCACAAGGUGAAUUGGCUGUGGACCUUCUUUUUAGAGCAGCAAACUCGAGGUCUCCACUAAAUUUUAUUGUGAUCCCAAGACCAGACACAAAAAGUGAGCUGCACAGGGUUCUCAAGGGUUUACAAUCGAGGCAUCACAAUAUUCUCUUAGUAAACCCCCAUGCACAUGACGGUCCAUUUCUAUUUGAUUCUGGACAGUCAAUAGUUGAAUGUACAGAAGAUUUAGAUGGAGGAAAGCCUAUCAUUGGAGGGAGAAGGACGGGAGAUACUACUCCUGUGAUCAAAGAUGCACGCAGUCUCGCCUAUCUGUUUGAAUCCGUCUCUAAAGCUCCUGGGAGGACGGCGUUCGUCUUCUGGGACUUGGCCAAGUACAUAACCCCUACUGAAGCCAAUGUCGUACCUUUUGGAACUGGUAUCAGAGAAGCUCUUCAACGACUCGGCCAUCAUGGUUGUGUGGAAAUCCUGGCGUUUGGUGCUUACAAACUGACGUUGAGGCGCGAUUCUGACUCUUACAAAAAAGCCAGAAUCAUACGCAUACCAGAAGGGUUAUAUGAAAAUGCUUGGCAACUUUUCUUACGGUCGAAUCCAGGACCUUUGAUGGUAAUCCCAACAAUAGACCCAUCGUGUCUUCGUUUCUCCGGUCCGGACUGGUCACUUAAUUCGUUGUUGCGGAAACCGGGACAUUACGAUCUUCUCUUCGUGACGCCGCCGCCUGUUGAUGAAGGCACCCCAGAAGAUGUUAAAUUUCUACACAAUGCACAUUUAAUACUUGGUUGUACAGAUGGUUUCUAUGAAGGCAAAAAAAUCACGAGAGGGAGAAGAGAGGUGAAAGAUAUCCAAGAAUUCUCAAAGCCUAUCACAUUCUUGAAAGGGGCAACGGAAGGCCAGUUCGUGUUCGUGUUCUGGAACCUCGAGGAUUUCCCAUUCCCUACUGGUUUGACUCCUGAUGCGAUAUAUGAGAAAAUCGAAUCAGUAUUUCUUGCUUAUGGUUAUGAGCUGAGGAACAUGUUGAUAUGGGCAUAUGUUGAUGACAAGGAAGGGUCUUGGGGUGGGGAUUUCCUGAGGAAGAAGACUUGGGAAUCAAGCAUCUACUUCCUUCCCGUUGGAGGGGAUAAAUCCGCCAUACGUGAUAGAAUGUUACAUGACAUCCUUUUAUGGACAAAGGACUCUCAUCCUGCUCCAGCAGUAUAUUUGGUCAUAGUAUCAAAUGAAGCUAAUAUCAUAGCUGACAAGGAGUUCUCCUCUGCGCUUGAAAUGUUGGCUAAGAUGUCUAAAAAUGUUAUCGUAGAAACUGGGAGCUCUUUUUUCCAGUGUUAG